AUGACUAGUGUGAAUUUGAGCAAUUUCAUUAAUAACACGCACCAUCAAUUUUUAAACUUAUUAAAUCAAGAAUUGAAAUUCGAUAAACAAAUCGAUUCAUGGAUGCUUAUGAGUACACCAUGGCCAAUUUUAUCAAUUCUGAUAGUUUAUUUGUUAUUUGUACUAAAAAUAGGCCCAAAGAUGAUGGAAAAUCGUGAACCAUUUAAAAUAAAACGUAUUAUGAUGGUUUAUAAUAUUUUACAAGCCAUGUAUAACUUAUUCAUAGUAUCAAAGAUAAUUGUUGCACCCGGCAUAUACACAUAUCUAAUAGUCAAUGUAUGUAAUCCAGUUGAAAGUGAAAGUAAUCAUCAUUUUAGAAAUAUGUUCUAUAUACAGUCGUGGCAUUAUUUUAUAUCAAAAAUAUUUGAUCUUCUGGAUACUGUAUUCUUUGUGUUGAGGAAAAAACAAUCUCAUGUUUCAUUUUUACACGUUUAUCAUCAUGUAAAUAUGGUCAUCACUGCUUGGACAUUCUUGAGAUUUAUAAAAAGUCAACAAGGGGUUGUUUGUGGUAUUCUUAACGCAUUCAUACAUACAAUAAUGUACAGCUAUUAUUUCCUGUCUGCUUUUGGUCCUCAAAUACAAAAAUAUCUGUGGUGGAAAAAAUACCUAACCCGUUUACAAAUUAUUCAAUUCAUAUUAGGCAUUGUCUAUGGUAUGGGCCUUUUUUUUUACGAUUGUGAAUUUCCACGACUAUUCGCCAUAUACAUGAUACUCGACGUAAUUUUAUUUUUGUACUUGUUUUUGAUAUUUUACAAGAAAACGUACAAAGAGAAAAAUACCUAAAUCUCAAUAAACUCUAUAAAAGAUAACGAAAAACACGUAAUUAAGUUGUAUCUAAUAAACAUAUUUUUCUAUAAAUCUAUAAUAAGCAUAUUAUAUAUAUAAUAUAUAGGUACACAUUUAUACGUGGAUAUUCGUAAUUUUAAUUAUUAAUUGAAUUAAUUGAAUAAUAUAAAGUUCGUAGGUAUCUUUCCCUGAUACUAUUUAUAGCCCCAUAUUUUCUAAACUUGUUAUAAUGGACUUAUCACACAAAGUCAAAUAUCUCAAAAACUACUCUUUAGAAUUUUGAUACUGAUAUAUUUAAAAAAAAAUUAUCUGCUGAAUAAUUUAGUUUCAAAGGAGGUUGUCAUUUAAAAUUUGUAUUUCCGCAGGACACUUCUUAAGUAAUACGAAAAAUCACAAUAGUUUGAAAAUAUAGUCUUUAAUUUUUAAAUAUCUUUAAAAGUUAUAAAAAUCAAAUUUUGAAUAAUUGCAAUUUCCAUUAUUGAAUAAGACAACGGGACUAAUCUUACUUGGUGAAUCACUCUAAAUACCACCGACACAUCAUAAUACACAGGUAUAAUAUAAUCAUCAAGUGCUAAAUACGCAAACCCGUGAGAUCUUCUGAAAUUCCGAUUUUAUUUUCCGUCUUUUACAUACAGUGAGAUUAUUAUAAGACACAUAUUCAUCCAAAAUAUUCAUAACUAUAGAGCUAGAAUUUGUACGCAACAGUGUGUUUUUGCAACUUCUGAUUAUUGCUUUAGUCAGUAAUGUCCAUCUUAUAAAUAGGUAAAUGGUGGUGUUUUUAUUUUAUAUAUUUUUACAUAUUUUGGACAAAAUGCACAUUAUUUCAUAUUUUGAAUAAAAUUAAUAUUAUUGCACAUUUCGGCUAUAGAAACACAAAAAAAUGUACGGUUUAUGGUAUAUUUCGUUACGAGAAAUUUUUAUUGUGACCAGUAUGUAUUGAUACAAUAAAAUUCAAAAAACACCUAUAAGAACAUAUUAAAAUCUAAAAGAAGACCGUUCAGUUUUAUUAGUAAAUGCUUCAUGUAAUGCAUUUGAAUAGUGUAAAUAGUUAAGAAUAAUAUUUUAUUAAUUUUAAAAUGUGUUAUUUUUAAUUUUAUUUUUAAGUGUACAUUUCAUAU